UGAAACUGAAACUACCUAUUACUUUGUCCUCCUAUUGCAGUUUUCCAGUCAAUUCUUCAUUUCUACCCCUUUGCAUAUAAUCUGAAUAGAGACAGAGAGGGAGACAGGCAGUACAAGAUGCUUCUGACAAAGAUUUUCCCGCUGAUAUAAACGAUUCCCAUUUCAGACAAUCGGUUAAACCGUUGUCCGAAAGCAAAUUUGUUGUUAUGAGCCGUGGGAACCAGGGGGGACAUUAUUGUUAUACAAAGUGCAGAGGUUUCUGGGAAGCAGUCUUUAUAGUAAAUGCCAUUGGAGGAGUUGAUGAGCCUAUCAUGGGAGCUUCCGAGACGGCUUUGCACUGGUUAAGGCCGCUGGUGGAGUCCAAGAAUUGGGAUUACUGCGUUAUUUGGAGAUUGGGCGAUGACCCUUCCAGGUUUAUUGAGUGGGUGGGGUGUUGUUGUUGCGGAGCGUAUGGGGUUCUUUGCAAUGUGAAGAAGGAAAAAGGGGUGGAGCAGGAUUUGGGUCCUUUGUGCAGGGAUGUUCAUGUUCAGCAUCAUGUGAGAACAAUGGCUUGUGAAGCACUUGCUUCUUUUCCUACCUCUAUUCCCUUGUAUUCUGGGAUUCGAGGAGAGGUAGUAAUAUUGAAGGAGCCCAAGUGGUUAAUCCAUGGAUAUGCAUCAGAUUCAAAGGCCCCAGAUGGGACCAGUGGUACUCAGGUUUUGAUUCCUGUAGCUGGUGGUCUUAUUGAGCUCUACAGUUCAAGGCUGAUCCCAAAAGAUCAGAAGACAAUAGAGUUUGUUAAAAAUAGGUUCAAGUUCUAUGUAGAAGAAGCCAUGAAUGAUAUGGCCUAUUUCAGUAUGAGCAGACAACAGCAAGCUCUUGAUUUAUCUCUGCACUGUGCUGAUUUGCUUGCUACAGCGCAACUUUCUCAAGUAUCUGAACCCUGCAGUAACCCGAGCAUCCACGGGUCUUCUACUGGUUCUACUCCCGCAAGUACCGAACGCUUGCAGUGUGAUUCGGUUUCUAACCUUGUGUCUCUAAGCGAAUCGUUUAACCAGUCAAAUGACCUGUUCAAGGAGAAAAUGAAGCUGCAUUGCAAUCAACAUCCAACCACGAUGAAAAUCGAUGAUCUUUCACUGAGUUGUGUAACCUAUGAUAUUGCUAGAAAUGCCGUUGUAACUGGCCAAAAGAGGCAGAGAGGACAAUACCGUUCUAAGAAUCUUGUGACAGAGAGAAACAGAAGAAACAAAAUAAAAGACGGUCUCUUUGCUCUAAGGGCUCUAGUUCCCAAUAUUACUAAGAUGGACAGGGCGUCAAUACUUGCAGACGCUAUUGAUUACGUAAGGGAACUUCAACAGAUUGUGAAGGAGUUAGAGGACGAGCUGAAUGAGAUUGAUGAAGACGAUGCCAGUCAGAGAAUAGCCCAACAUGUGACCCCCGAUCUUAAUGAAGAGCGCAAAGAUAGUGAACAGACUUCAAAGAAGAGCCAGAGCUCAUGCAGUAUCAGUAACAACGUCCCAAAGAAGGCGCACGUGGAAGUAAACCAGAUUGAUGCAAGAGUUUUCAUGCUUAGAUUCAUCGGAAAACAUAGCAGAGGUGGGUUCUCGAGGCUGAUGGAAAUUAUGGAUUCACUAGGACUUCAAGUACUGGAUGCUAAUGUUACCACACUUAAUGAAGAGGUCUUGAGCAUCUUCAGAGCAGAGGCGAAAGCAGAUGGAAUGUGCAAUUCACAAACACUAGAAUAUGCAUUGAUUGAGCUAACAAAUUGAAUGUCUCAAGACAGGUCUGCAAAUCAAAGAAUAGGUAUCUAGUUUAAACUGUAUAUCCAUUGUGCAUCCCUCCUUUGAUCUGAAUUCUGCCCCAAAUGAAAGUUAGUAUCUUAGUAGUAAUUUCAAAAUCUUUUUGUUAUGUUGAAUGAACUCUGUGGAAGUUAAUGGAGGAAGAACCAACUUUCUAUGGAAA